GAUCUCGCAAAGAGGACUGUCAGCGCUCAGACACCGCUGCCGAGCGCAAAGUGUCGCUGCUGGGGGGCGGGGGGGCGGACGGACGAGCCUUUACUAGAAUUUUUUUUUUCUUCUCCACUAGUAAAUAGUCUAGCCACCAUCGGAAACUAGUAAGACUAGUUACUGAGUUUGGGGUCGAUAUAUUUCACAACCAACUUUUGUUUGAAACCAUUUGCUCACAGUAGUCCUCUACAGGCAAAAAUCCAUAGGAGAAAUUUUGUUAAUAUUGCUCCUCUCUGCUACCCUCCCCAGGACUCCCAGGAAGUAUUUGAUUUGGUAUAGUGUAAAUACCAUGGAUUUAGAAGAAGUUACACGUAUUUUGACUCUUACUUUGCCAAUUGUUCAAAAUCAGUAUUAAAGUUACCAAGCCUUUCUAAAUCUCAGGGUUUCCACUUCUUUAAUGGCGAUGACACCCACCAUCAUCUUUCUAGGAGUUAAAUGGUGAACAUCAGGGUUUUCAACAGCAGCAUUAUUGACAUUUUGGGACAGGUGAUUUUUGGCUGUAGAGGCUACCUUGUAUGGUGUAAGAUAAAUGGCUUUUAUCAGGCUCAACCCACGACUUGGUGUAGCAUCUCCUUUCCAGUUGUGACAACUAAAUAGGAUUUUGGACAUUGCAAAGUCAGUAUCCUCGGAAGAGCAAAGGACCCCCCAGUUGAGAGCUACUGGAAUAUAGACUGGGUAUAUUUACAAAUCAGUGGUUCCUACCAGCUGUUAGAGGAGACAUCCCUCCAGGCUGUGCAGCCCAUGGAUUUGUCUGUGAUGGCACUAGAAUCCUAGUGUUUGGGGGAAUGGUUGAAUAUGGAAGAUACAGCAAUGAGUUAUAUGAGUUACAAGCAAGCCGUUGGCUAUGGAAAAAAGUGAAACCCCAGCCUCCUCCGUCGGGUUUACCUCCUUGUCCUCGGCUUGGACAUAGUUUCUCUUUGUAUGGUAACAAGUGCUAUUUGUUUGGUGGUCUGGCAAAUGAAAGUGAAGACUCAAAUAAUAAUGUUCCCAGGUAUUUAAAUGAUUUCUAUGAGUUGGAACUACAGCAUGGUUCUGGUGUCGUGGGCUGGAGCAUCCCAACUACCAAAGGCAUUGUACCUUCUCCGAGAGAGUCCCAUACUGCGAUUAUAUAUUGUAAAAAAGACUCUGGGCAUCCUAGGAUGUAUGUUUUUGGUGGAAUGUGCGGUGCUCGCCUAGAUGACCUAUGGCAGCUUGAUUUAGAAACUAUGUCAUGGUCACAACCAGAAACAAAGGGGACUGUACCACUUCCACGAAGCCUCCAUACAGCCAGUGUCAUUGGAAACAAGAUGUACAUUUUUGGUGGAUGGGUUCCACACAAGGGGGAAAAUACUGAGAAUUCACCUCAUGAUUGUGAAUGGAGAUGUACCAGCUCAUUUUCUUACCUAAAUCUAGAUACAGCAGAGUGGACAACUCUAGUAUCAGAUUCUCAAGAAGAUAAAAAAAAUUCAAGGCCCAGACCAAGAGCUGGACACUGUGCUGUUGCAAUCGGAACUCGAUUAUAUUUUUGGAGUGGAAGAGAUGGCUAUAAAAAAGCACUUAAUAGUCAAGUUUGCUGCAAGGAUCUUUGGUAUCUUGAUACUGAGAAACCGCCAGCACCAUCACAAGUCCAGUUGAUCAAAGCUACUACCAACUCUUUCCAUGUCAAGUGGGACGAAGUGCCGACCGUUGAGGGCUAUCUUUUGCAAUUGAAUACUGACUUGCCAUACCAAGCUGCAUCACCUGAUUCUUCAGCAGCACCAAAUAUGCUAGGAGGCAGGAUGGACCCUCACAGACAAGGCAGUAAUAGCAUCCUUCAUAACAGUGUUAGUGAUACAGUAAACAGUGCAAAAACUGAACACACAGCCAUGAAGGGAACUGCAGUGAGAAACAAACCAGAUUUCAGAGCAACAGAGUCUAAUGCUGCUUUACAUUCACCUUUGGCGCCUAAUGCUUCUAAUAAUAACAGUUGUGUGACGGAUAUGCUAUGGAAGAAUGAAGUUGAUGAAAUAGGUGCUCUGCCUGCAACUAAGAUCAGCCGUGUAGAGGUACAUGCUUCAGCAACGCCCUUUUCUAAAGAGACACCUUCAAAUCCAGUGGCCAUUUUGAAAACAGAACAACAAUGGUGUGAUGUGGGAAUUUUUAAAAACAAUACUGCUUUGGUGAGCCAGUUUUAUUUGCUACCAAAAGGAAAACAAAGUAUGUCAAAGGUAGGAAAUGCAGAUGUACCUGACUACAGUUUACUUAAGAAACAGGAUCUUGUUCCAGGAACAGUAUAUAAAUUCAGAGUUGCUGCAAUCAAUGGUUGUGGAAUAGGCCCUUUCAGCAAAAUCAGUGAAUUUAAAACGUGUAUCCCUGGUUUUCCUGGAGCUCCUUCCACAGUCCGUAUCUCCAAGAAUGUCGAAGGGAUCCACCUUUCCUGGGAGCCUCCGACUUCACCUUCUGGGAAUAUUUUGGAAUACUCAGCCUACUUGGCUAUCCGCACAGCACAGGUGCAGGAUAAUCCAAGCCAGCUUGUGUUCAUGAGGAUCUACUGUGGUCUUAAAACCUCAUGCAUUGUGACUUCUGGGCAGCUUGCAAAUGCGCAUAUUGAUUACACAUCCAGACCUGCCAUUGUAUUCAGGAUAUCAGCAAAGAACGAAAAGGGCUAUGGACCAGCCACCCAAGUUCGAUGGCUUCAAGCACUGUCCCUUUCUGGUCUCUGACUGGGUGUUUGCACAGAGAUGGUCUCGUGCUCUUCCCUCCUGGGCCCUUCAUGGCACCUGAAUAUCUGAACAGGUGAGUGAAAAAAUGGCCACCCUUUUCUUCUUCCAUUCCCGACCUCAGAUCACAGUCAGCGGGGUGGUUGUUAAGGAGAGUGGUUUUAGUGUGUGUAUCAUGCUGGGGAGAUAGAUGCUGGCGCUUUGUCUUGCCUCGCCCACCCUGCCCUCAGUUCCUAACUCAGAAAAUUGUGAGAUGAGGUGUAGGAGGGAGGUGCUGGGUCGCAAAGAGGAGGGAGGGCCUGAUCUGAAGUUGUGUUAGAGUUUAAGGAGAUGGGUGGGCACAGAGACACUAGGAGAUCAAAAUGACCUAAAAUCUGUCAGAAGUUAGUCUCUGGUCUUUGUAGUUGUCGUGCGUGUGCAUGUGUGCGUGUGUUUGUUUUGAGACAGGGUCUCACUGUGUAGCCCUGGCUGUCCUAGAACUCACCAUGAAGACCAGGAUGGCCUUGAACUCACAGAGAUCUGCCUGCCUCUGCUUCCUGAGUGCUGGGAUUAAAGGUGUGCGCCAGCAUGUGGAGCAGAAAUAGUCUCUCUGACACUAGAAAGCAGUGUAUCCGUUUGAGCCUAGGAAACUGCUGGAACUGACAGCUAGACAAUUUAGAACUGAACUCCUGCCGCUCCCCGGGGCAGGCCACUGUACGCUUCUUGGGCAAGAGCCUGUUUAGUUUCAUUCUGUAACCUAGGCUGACUUUGAACUCCUGGCAGUCCUCUGCCUCACCUCACAAGGGCAGGAUUGCAGCCUGAGUCACCGCACUUCAUUUUAGAUUCUUACUCACAGGGACAGACACAAGAUGCCCUUGGCCUUCCUCCCUUCAGGUCUAGUUAGUUAUAAGUCCCUGUAACUACAAUGUAUUAUUCUGAUCGUGUAUGGAAAGACUAACCAUAACAUUCUGGGAGAAACAAAAACAGAUUCUUUAAGCUGAGUGAAAGCUGCAAAAUCUCAGGAUGGUUGGCCUCCUGCUUCCAGAUGGCUCUCCGUCUUCCUAUCCGUGUGCUGCUUCUGUCCGCUGCAGAACUAAGAUUGAGAAGAAAGAAAGAAAAAGAAAGUGUCUGCUUGGGUGGUCUCCUGAUCCAACAGGUCCGUCUAGUAAAAUAAAGCCGAACGGGUGCUGGGCGGAGUCUGGAAGCUCCCAGUGUCUGGUGCACGGACUGCAGUUGCCCUCCUUGUCCGACAGUUCCAGUCACACGUGGAUUCUGGGCCGCACAGCUGGCUGUGUGUGCAUGUGUGCUGUUGACGGAGAGGCACAGCAGCUCCUGUAACUUGCUGUGAGUUGACGGUGUGAGCAGGAGAGCGGAGUCCUUGGCUCAUUUGCUGCCUCAACUAGUCUGCCCUUUCCCACUCCAUAACUAAGAAGAUAAAAACUUCAGCGGCCAAUGGGUUAAAUAUUUCAAGAGCACUUUUGCUUUUCAGAAUUUCUGAAUUGAAGACCAGAUUUUUCAGUGAAUUCCCUGGACAAGGAGAAACUGUCUCUUAACUGCUGCAAGUCCAUAAAAUCCCAGGCACAGACAGGGUGAUGUUGGCAGUGUCUAGAAACGGUUGACAUUUUUGCAUACCCAGAAGGAAACUGUCCUUGAUGAAGAUAGAGAGGCAGUGGAGAAUGUUGUUGUAUGUUGCCCAGGUUUUGGAAAUACUUAGCACACAAUUGCACAGUUAGGAGAAUGUGCCUAGGCAACAGCAUUCAGUAAGGAAGUGUUGUAUGCUUUACAUUGCCAAUUAGUUCCUCAUCAGAACCCCAGGCUAGCUCAGACUUUAUGCAGUUCGGGCUGGCCUUGAACUUGCUUUAUAGCAAUAAGUAUCUACAGUGAGCAAAGUACUCACACAGAGAGGUGGCAGCGGCGGUGGCUGUGAGCUGAUAUGGAAGGGCAGGGCCGUGGUACUGCGAGCUCAUUGGUUCUUGACCAGCUGGAGUGAGCAGUCGUGCACACUGGGUUGUUUGUAUGCCAUGGACUUGCCCGUUACCGUUGGCUGCCUCUCAUUUGGACAACAGCGACUGACGUGGCGAUGUCAUCUUGUUUGAAGUAUUGUGUAACCUCACAUCUUGUUUAAAAAUAUUUGCUGUGAAACAGUGUGUGCCAGCCAUAACCUGUCUGAAUGGGUAAAAAGGUAAAAUGAUAGGACUUUUACCAAGCUUUGCUUAAGAAGCGGAACUUCCUAACUGCUUACAAACUCCUUCUGUCCCAUCUCUCCUCCCUUCAAUCACACCAUACAGUGUAAGUGCUCUGGAUUUGUUUUUAGUAAUUAUUUCCAUGGUUUUUAUUUGUAGCUCUAUCAUACAUGUGUAUGUUCUUAAUAAAAUGUUUAGAUGUACCUUGUUUUGAACUUGUUUGUAAAAGUAAUCAUGAUGUAUGUAUUCUCCUGUGACAUUUUGUGGUAUUUUCUGAAUUUGCAUACAUGUUUAUGCAUGUGAUUGUAUUUCAUGUCUUCCUGCUAUAUAAUAUUCCAUUGUAUUACUAUUCUACAAUUUUAUCUGGUCUUCUGUUCACCAGGAUCUGGGUUAUUAUUUCAGUUUUUGCUCUUGAAGACAGUGCUGCUGUGGCCAUUCUGCCCGAUUCUGUUGCAAACUGUGUUCCUUGCCUGUAGUCAGUGCUGAGAACAGUGACAGAGGACAGACAGUGGGUGUUGAGGAUGUGUAGCUUCCUGCACCCUCUCCUUGUGUGUGCGAGAGUUGCUGUAGGACAGUUGGUUUUGGAGCCCUGCACUGCAGUUGACGAACCAUUCCUUAAAGAAGGUCUUUGAGGACAACUGUUUUCAUGACCACCCCGAGACAUUCGUCCUUUUCCUGCUUUCCCCAAGCUUACAUAUUGUCCUGCUGUGUAGUAUUACAGCUGAUAUCUAAUCGAGCAUACACGUGCAUGUUUUAUGUCUUUAAAAGUCUCCACUUUGGUUUCUUAUGUGGUAAGUACUAAUAGGCGCACCCUGCAUGUGCUGUAGCUCUGAAUGCCUCAAUUUUAAGAAUGAAAGAGAUUCGGAAACGAUAGGUUGAAUAUCGCAGCUUGUAGGAGGAGUCCACUGUAAUGCUGAGCUGGGCUCUGAAGUGCUCUCACUGGCAGCGCAGCUGGAGUUCCUGGACCACACCUUGGCAACACCUGUUCUUGGCUGUCUAGUAUCUGCCAGUUGGAGGUCUAAUAUACAGCGUCUCAUUCCCCUGAUGACUGUGGAAUAGUUUUUCCAUGUAUGGUCCUCUUCUGUGAAGAGGUGGUUAGUGUCUUUUGCCCAUGUUUGAUAAGUUGUCUUUCAUUGAUGCAUAUGGUCUCUGUGUGCCCUUUGCAUAUGGUACACACACAUUUCCUAUCAGAUUUGUGCAUUGUAUUCUGUAGUUGUGUUGAAUGUGCUAAUCAACUUGGAGAAAACUUGAUCUUUUCCAUGUGUUUUCCCAGUCAGAAGCAUUUAUAUGUCUCUCCAUUGAUUAUGUUUUCUUAUUGUUUGUUUCUAGACAGAGUUUCUCUGUGUAAUAGCUCUGGCUAUCCUGGAACUCACUCUGUAGACCAGGUUGGCCUUGAACUCACAGAGAUCCUCCUGCUUCUGCCUCCUGAGUGCUGGGAUUAAAGGCGUACGCCACUACCACUCCCUGACUUGCAUGUCUUCAAAUGUCUUUCUUUAAUGUCUUCCAAUAAACACAGUUUUCCCUA